GAAUUGUCCGCGUAAUAACAGGUAGUUGAAGCCCGGAUGUAAUCUAUACUAUUAUGUAGUUUUACACCCGGCCAAAAUCUUCAUAUCGGCCGAGAGGGCGGAGGAAGUGUUUUCAUUAUGCAGUACAAAAUGCGGCGGGAAACAUGGAGUAGAAUGGUAACUAAUAGAAUCAACGUUGCAGCUACCUAGUCUUGCAUAUUAUCUGCCAAUAAUCAGACCAAUCGUCUAUACUGAUACAAAUUGAAGUGAAGUCCUUUGUUUACACAUACUUGAUGGAUGCACUUGUUACCGAUUCGAGAGCCCGCAAUUUUGUAAAAUAUUGUAUAGCCGUACGAAGUUGCACAGAGGGUUUAAUCCUGUUCAUACUCAAGCAGUGCGAAGAACAAUUUACAAGAAAUGUACAAUACAUUAAAAGCGUAAAUGGAAAGGAACACGCAGAACAAUGCAAUGCGUUACAUGAACGCAUUCAAUCCAAGCAUGUACACAAGCAGCCAACUUGGAAUAAUGCUGAUUGGAGUGUACCUUUCAACCGUUCAUGGCAGCAUAUGAAGUGUUACAUUACAGACAGCGGCUACCUAGAAACAACAUCACCUCAAGAGGCAGGACUAAAGGCGCUUGUUCAAAUCUGCUACAAUCACUUAGAUUUGCAGAAUAGUUUUGGCCAGCAAGUUACAAAUCUAUUUAAGAUCGAGCAGACUCACGACACUAUUUUUAAGUCAGAAUCAUGGCUGAUUACAGACGCCGCGUUGGGGACAUACGUACUGGAUAUACAACAUGUUCUUACACACGUUCAUCAAAAUUUAAAUUCGGACGUUAACGCGCAGUUAAAUAUCAUGCAAAAGCUUAUUUCCGACGAAAUACCAGUAACGGUUAUCGAUGAAAUAUAUGCAAGACAACAUGCAGUUUCAACACUGAACAGAUUUCUAAUAUCAUUAGAUGGUACGAUAUCGAAUCCACAAAUUAGCGAUGAAAUUCGAACUAAAAAAGCAGAGCUGUUGGUCGUGAAGGACAUUCAUGCUCGCAAACGUGAUGAGCUUAUUCGUGAUGCAGAUGCUAAACUUGAUCUAUUAAAGCAAAUCGUGCAGACAAAAGAGAACGAACUUUUAAAAAUUAAGGCAGUAAUUGCAAAUCAAAUUCCGCAUAAUCCGAUUGGAAAUUGUGUUAGGGCAAACGUUGAUCUGCAAGCAAAUACUUCUCAUCAGACAUACGCAACGUUUUUGCAAGAAAAAAUAUACGACAAUUCAAUAGAAACAGUCUGCAAACAAGAGCAAACAGAAAACUCAAUAAAGAUUGUUGGUGAAGGCGUACUAGCUCUUUCGUAUAAUCUAUCGAAGGUUGCAGAGGCAUUAGGUGUACAAGGACUACAUUUAGGAGAAUUAAGAAUGACGGCGAACGUUCUUGGCACCGACAACAAUGAUGUACUGAAUCGAGAUAUUGUAAAUGCUGGAAGUGAACGCCAAAAUGGUGUACACUUGGCUGAUAGACACGGUAGUCAACUUCAACGAUCUCUACAACCUGUAUGUGAACACUUAGAUAACGAUGGAUCGAGCAUCACUCGCAUCAAUUACGAAUGUGUUGCUUUUUACAUUCGCUGUUCAACAUUGCACGAGCUGAAUACACUUUGCGAGGACUUUCUCACUGACAAAAUACAACAUUUGUUCCAACCGUUGCAAGACUACUUGCGAACUCUGCCAGGGUGUUCAAAUGCAUACAUCGUGGUUAACAUAACUGAGAGAGACUUUUUGAAAUGUAUUGACCCAAUCCUCAGAAAUGUAAAUCACACAUUGGAUUUGAAGAGUCCAGUACACAGCCAUAUAAGUUCAAAGAGAGUGACACCUGUAGCAUCCUCGUCAAAGCAUGCUACAGAAAUAUGUACAGAGAAAAGUGAAACACUUGCAAAAGAAAUACAGAACAAUGGUGCCAACAGUUUAGAUACACAUCACAACAAGCGCACGCUAAAUCUCUACUAUUAUCAUUGUCUUCAGGCGAUAUGCCCAUGGGCACUUGGUGACACGUACGAACGAGCCUCCGAAGAGCUUGUCCGGCGUUUGGAAAUUUUUUACUCGAGAAAUAGGUUUGGGAAUGAAAUGGAUCAUGGAAAUACCGAAGCCGUUCAUGACCUGUAUACAGCACCCUUAAUAUACAAAAUUACCUGCGAUCAAAAUGAGUUCAACGCGAACAAAUUGGUAAAUACGUACAAAACACUUUUCAAAUCAGGAGAAAGGUCGUAUCGACGAAUAUUCUUACAAGGAGAAGCAGGCAUGGGGAAAACAACAUUUCUUGCAAAAUUAGCACUGGAUUGGUGCAGUGAAUAUACAGAUUGUACAAACAAUCAAAAAAAGCAAAACCAUCAAACGUGUUUUACUGACGUUGAAACAUUGAAGGAAUUUUAUUUUGUUUUCUUUAUCGCACUGAAAGAGUCGAGAAAGGAAAGAGCAUUAGCCAAUAUGAUACAAGAACAAAUUAUCGACCUUAUAUACGAUUCCGAAGAAGAUCGCCUGAAUGCUUACGAUCUUCUGCUUAAAAUCAUGAGAAAGGAGAAAUGUUUGGUGGUUCAAGACGGUCUCGAUGAGUGGUGUGAUCCUUACGGCAUAUUAGUUCUUCCCAAGAUGAUAACACCAUGUCACAGUGAAUGCACAAUUCUAACUACCACCCGGCCAUGGAAAAUGUCAGACACGCGUAUAUCAAAUUCACAAAUCGACUGCCUUCUAGAGCAUGCUGGAAUACGAGAACCAUUUCAUCUUAUUCAAAAGGUAUUGGUAUGUUUUGGUUCAACGGGGCUUAACGCACAGCUGGAAGAAUUCAAAAGGUACGUAAAUGCGAAUAAUUUGCAUCAUUUAUGUUCAAAACCAGGGCUUCUACAAUAUGUUGCUAAGCUGUGGAUGGAUGGCAUACAUUUACAGGGAUCUAUGUGCCAUAUUUACAGUACACUGCUCGACAAACUGUUAAAGAAGGCAAGCAAUACAUCUGGAUAUUUUGAUCAGCCGCCCGUUGUGUGUUUUGAAGGAACACAAUACUUGAAACCCAAUCUGGAACUUGUGAUUUCACUUUCGAAAUUAGCAUUUGCUCAAUUGUUUUCAUGUGAAAAAGAAAGCUCGCUAGUAUUCAACGAUUGGCAGUUAGGACAAUACAUAUCUCAAGAUAAAAAGGUAAUUGCUCUCAAAGCUGGUCUUUUAAUGCAAAGAAAGCUGCAAACCACAUUAUCAUUUGUUCAUAAAACUGUGCAAGAAUUUCUUGCAGCUUUCUAUAUUGCCAGCAAUACACAGGUAAUUGAAGACGUUAUAGCAACAUAUUUGAAAGAUUAUCCCGAAGAUUGUGUAGAGAUUUCACAGGUGUUCAUAUUUUUAUGUGGACUAAAUGUUGAUAGCGCCAAUACGUUAUUAAAUUCAAUAGAACAUUAUAUAAAUCCAUUUGACAAUGGUUCAAUUCAUCAUGUUGACUUGUCUCGCUUAAUAAGCGCCGGUUUUGAAGAGGCUGUAGCUAAUAGACAAACUGAUAUUUGCCUCGAGAUAAGUGACAUCGAUUUCGAUUUCUUGUACGAUUCUAAUCAAGACGCGAAAAAGAACAUUUUACUGAUGAAUAAGGCCAAUAUAAGAUCAUUAAAAUUGCAUAACGUCGCUGCAUUAUCGCUGAGCUAUCCAUAUGGACUUUCUGCAAAGGUAUUACAGCAAAUUUUAAUCGACUCAAAGCGUUGCCUAAUUCAGUUAUGCAUGACUGAUAUAGAAGGUGACUUUGGCAUACUGGAUCUUUCACCUUGUCAGAAUCUUCGAUCAAUAAUAAUCACAGCGCGGCAUGCAACAAAUGAAAGGGCAAUAGUAACUCUGAAAUCAAAAGCACUACUUAACCUGACGCGUCUAGAACAUCUCAUACUUAAAUGCAAUUGUGAUGGAUUAGAUUUAAGAUCUUGUCACAAUCUUGAAACUGUUUACAUUACAGGGACAGUGACCUUGCAUCCAAACACUUUAAAUAGGCUUCCAAAGUUAAGAAUACUUUUGUUAGACUGUCCGUAUUCUGAUCUAGAAUUGACAUCGAGUCACAUAAUUGAAACAUUAGACGUGGGUGAGUCUGUUACACUUGUGGGUAAUGAGUUAUGCAAGCUUAACCAAUUGAAACAUAUUAAGCUAAUGUGUAAAUGUGAUGAACUUGAUUUGUCAUGCUAUGAAAAUUUAGAAACAGUCGAACUCACAGAGCUUGUUACAGUGAUGCCAGUAAGACAUGCGCUGGCUAAACUGAAAAACUUAUCCUUGCUUUGUAAGUAUAAUGGCCUGGACCUGUCGUUGUUCCCAAACCUAGAAACAAUAGUGCUAGGCAAACAUAUAAGUCUAUUACCAAAUAAACUUCGCUUACUAACGAAGUUAAAAUGCUUGACAUUAGCUGGAAUGUUACAUGUCCAGAAUUUAAUUCCACUAACCGAAGAUACUGAAUUGUAUAAAGCCAUGUCUUUGCCAUCAACAAUAGAGGAUGUUACACUUAUAAAUGUAACUGUUUCUGCUUCGUGGCAUCGGUGUCUGAUAUCAAAACUCAAGUCAAUAGAACGCUCAGCAAGAAGCGUGAUUACUGAUUUGUACGAAAUACCCGGAAGUGAACAUGAAGAUGUGUGUAUUUCAUGUGUAAUACCACUUUCACUGAACAAAAGCUCAAAACGUCCACCUAAUAUGUUGUAAAAUAUGCAAAUGAUUACUACAUAUAUACAAUUUUGUAUAUAUUGCAUAUAAUGACAUGUCUUUUUUUCUUGAAAUUAUCUUCGUCUUUAUAUUACAUAUUGCAAUUCGUGAAUUGUUUGUGUUAUUAAGUUUACAAAACUAGUAAUGACAUAGGUUGUGACUUUUAGGAUGCGUAAGAACUAAACAUCGAUGAUAUACCGAUAAGAAUUGAAUAUAACAUGAUUUGAUAUAUAUUAGUUCAUUUUAAAUUUCAUAAAAAUGCAGUAUGAAUAUUUUUUGUAAAGAACUGUGUUAAAAUACACACAUUAAAAAAUAUAUAACAACGUUUAUUCAUUGUCCAUACAACGGUUAAAAACCAUCAUAUUACUAUAAUUCGUCUAUUUAUUUUUAUAUUGGAUUUGUAUGAUGCAAUGAUAAUUCUAUCUUGUAUUAUUUGUCAUUAAAUGUUUGUUGUAAUUUUCUUGAAAAUUUAUUAUGGCAUGGAAUUUAUAUUUAUAUUAUCCCCUUUUAUAAUUGCUCUGUUUUUAAUACAUUAAAGAUGUUCUGAUGUUUACAUGGAAUGCUAUGAAAUUGACAUUAGUUAAACAUGUGUUAUUCAUAAACAAUAAUAUAUCGUCGCCUUGAAAUAGUCAUUAGGAGGCGUCGAAGGUUCGUGUUUCACACGGGUCGUGUAUUGAUAUCGCCUACUAAGCACCUAGAAAACAACAAGGGAUAUCGAUUUCAGUAAAACCGCCAUAAUAUGGAUAGGAGCCAGAAGUAUAUAUGUUAAUCAGUAUUGGUGCAUUCGAAGUGAAACUGACUUUUUUUUAAAUAAAUACUAAUAAUAAACAAAAAGUAAAAAAAUACACUUUGUUAAUACAUUUCCUAUAAUGAAAUUGUUUUCUUCAUUAUGCAUACUCAUGAAUAAACACCUUCUGAAUUUUG